AUGGCGGACCUGGUGACUCAUGCUAGAUUCUGCCGGUCGGUAUUCCCUGUCUUAUUGUCCGUCUGCAGGUCUCAAUCAGAGGUUGAACAGCUUCUCUAUGAAGAUCUCCGCACUGAAGACUCCCGCGAACAAACACCUGCAGAUUCUCUCUUUCGAGAUGAAGAAGCCACCGCCCCCAAUGCUCACAGCCCUAUAUCCUUCAGCAGAGAAUGGAUCCUCGCCCCUGCUGUCCUCCCCAGAGGGAGUCCAGGACCAAGAAAAACAGCCCUCCUUCACAGGAACCAACGGAGAUUCUUGAUGACGGGGACGAUAUUUUACGACGUUCAUCGAUUUCAUGAACGCCUGCACCGAUGGAGCCAUGUCUACUCUGAGAAAUCCGAAACCACUGCAUCUGCUGAGCUCUCAGCCCAACUUGAACACACGGGUUCUGUCCACUCUCCACCCACCUUCGCUGCCCCACCCCCCGUACUCCGCAGAAGCAUUAUCCGUGAUGUUGGCAUCAUCCACACCAUCAAACUUGUUCUUCUUCUCGUCCCUGAUAGCGCAUUUCACAUGGGCGAGCUUGUGAUUUUGAUAGGAAAGAUUUGGUAUGGGUUCCUAUGGUUCGGGCACCUGAAUGCCCCAUUGCAUCAAUACCAUGAUCAUGCUACCUAA